UCUCCCUUUCUUUGUCCAUGUUGGGAAUGAAGCCUUAUCACCAGCAAUGAAGCUUAAGGCUGCUCGGGUGGACUUUGCAAUGCAAAUGAAAGCUAAAAACCUUGGAGUCACCCUGGACCCCUGCCUCUCUUAUUCCCAGCACAUCUCCACUCUGGCACGCACUUGCAGAUUCUUCCUGAGCAACAUCCGAAGAAUCCGACCCUUCCUCACCAACUAUGCUACCCAGCUCCUGGUCCAGGCCCUGGUACUCUCCCGCCUAGACUACUGCAACUCCCUCCUGGCUGGCCUCCCUGCGUCCGCCACCCGUCCGCUCCAGCUCAUCCAGAACUCUGCUGCUCGCCUGGUGUUCUCUCUACCUCGCUUCGCCCACGCUACUCCACUACUCCGCUCGCUCCACUGGCUCCCGAUCACCGCUCGCAUCCAGUUCAAGACUCUUGUACUAGCCUACAGAUGCCUUGAUCAGACUGCACCCAGCUACCUCCAGACCCUCAUCUCUCCCUACACCCCCACUCGACCUCUCCGCUCCGCCUGCACUAGAAGACUGGCUCUACCUCCGCUACGCUCCCCUGCCUCCCGAGCCCGCUCCUUCUCCACCCUUGCUCCGCAGUGGUGGAACGACCUUCCUACAGAUGUCAGGACUGCCCAGUCCCUGACCACAUUCCGGCGCCUCCUUAAGACUCACCUCUUCAAACAGCACCUGUAGAACUCCUCUGUUGUAUCCUGGGACACUAUCACCCUUCAUUUAAAUAUGCUUUAUUUUGCUCUUAUCUGCCCCCUAUUUUACUGCAUUUAAUCCUGUACCUCAGAAUAUUGUAAUCUCCCAAGUGUUUAAUCUGUAGUAUUUUGUACUUAAUCAUAUCCUGAUGUAACUAUCACUACUUAAUCAUAUCCUGAUGUAACUUUCACUAUUAUCUGCUGUAUUAUUGAAUUGUGGUUUGUCACACUUGAGAAUUAUUGUAUUUCUUGUUCUUAUUGUAUGACUUAUAUUGUAACACUUGAAUGUAUUUGUAUUUGCUUGCGAUUGUAAGUCGCCCUGGAUAAGGGCG